AUGACCACAGAUGCCCUGCUCGCGCGCGCUCACCAGCAACCACCACCACCAGAGCAGCAACAGGUUCACACACGCCCUGCUGAAGGCGAUGUGCAGCCUCGGCGCACGUCAGGGGCCAUCUCUUCCAUCCUUGGGCGUCCUCCGCCGGCACCACAAGUUGCUACGAACACCUUCGCCGAGCCUUCGGGUGGCUCGUACUUGUACUCCUAUCCCACCCCGCAACGCGACUCCCCUGCGUCUUCCUCCCUAGUAGUGCCUGGGCGGCACCCCAGCCUCUCUCCGACAUCAACUGUGGAUUAUAUUGAGAUCGAGCACAAACAAAACGAGCUGCGUCACGCGGUGGAGCACCACGUGCAGUCCCUGGAGCGUUCUCUCGCCUUGCGUGAUGAGGAAGUGGCUACUCUGUCGUCGCGGCUGCGCAAGCUCGAGGAGGACUACCAGUUCAACUACAACCUCAUAGCAGAGCGGGAUGCUGCGCUGGAGGAGGCGUCGGGGCAGCUUCAGCGGCUCUACCGCGAACUGAAGCGCCUCACAGAGGAGUCGACACACAUGGAGAAGCAGAUCGACACCGCAGACAAUGAGAUCAGGGCGGCUCGGCAGCGUGUACGUGAGGUGGAAGAGGAGCGUGAUGCUGCGGUACGGCAAGUGCAGAGGGACUACACAAUCAAGGAGCGUCACCUAGCAGAGGCGGUACGUGCGAAGGAGGCGGCGCUUGAGAAGGAGCAGGCGGAGCAGCACACGUGGUACAAGGAGCGAGCCAAGGCGUUAGAGGAGGAGCGCGCCGUCAUGGCUGACCGCAGUGCUUUGGUGUCCAUAGAGACGGAGGACCGCUUCAAGCAGCAGGUUGCCCGACUACAGUCGGAGGUAGCGGUGCUGCAGCAGGCGCUGAAGGAUGCACGCCAACAGAAGGCAAACGCCGAAAAGCGUAUUGUAGCGAUGGAGGAGGCGAACACCGCCCUCACGCACGAGUCUGUCGUAGCCCAGCAGCGCCACGAGACUUUCGCACAGGAGGCUGCACUCACCAAGAGGGACUUGGAGGAUCGACUUGUGCGAGUUGUCGGCGACGCUGAAAAGCGCGUCCUCGCAGCAGAGGCGACUGCGCGGGAAGAGGCGGGCCGCGCCUCGUGCACAGAGCUAGAGCGCACUCGCCUGCAAUCAAUGCUGGCAGGGGCGCAGGAGCGUUUGCAGCUCCUCACUACGCGCUACGAUGAGGAGGUCGCCCGCUUCACAAAGGAGCGGCAGCAGCUUCUCAAGAGUAGCGACGAGGCGAUGGCGGCCACCACUUCAGCAGAGCAGGCAUUGCACGACACAAAGCGUGAGAUGGAGCAGCAGCGCCGCCUGGCUGCGGAGGAGGCUACACGUCUUCGCCGUGAGGUCGAGCGUGCUCAGGAGAUGUCCGAGGCAAUCCACCAGGAGCUCGUGACCGCGCAAGAAAGCUCUCGUGAGUGGAAGGCACAGGCGCAGAGCCUUGAGGCCGAGGUGCGUCGCUGGAAGAUGGAGGAGAACAAGACGGCGACCAAUGGGCGGCUGGAGUGCUCUGCGUGGGAGGAGAAGUGUCGGCAGGCCGAACAUCAGGUGCAGCUUCUCCAGGAGGUGACUCAGCAGGCUAAGACGAUUCAGCAAGGCGCGGUGGAGCAGGCGCAGGCCGAAGUAGUGCGGCUCACGCGCGAGCUUCACGCCAGCGAGGCGGCGCGUCGCGCUCUGGAGGAUCAAUUUCACUUGCAGGAAGACUACAGGGAUGGGCGGGAUGGGCUUCAGAUGCUGCGCAUGGAGAGGGAACAGCUUCAGAAGCGCGUGGCGGAGCUUGAGCAAACCAACGCCGAAGUGCGACUGCAAGUGGCCAACUUUGCUGCUGAACUGCAGAACGACCCGGUCAUCAAGGCCGCCAAGGAGACGCAGCAGCGCGCUGUAGCGCUGCAGCAGGAGCUGGAGCAGGCCAGGGCGGAGAUACAGUUGCUGCAGGACUCGUUGAGGGACAAGGAUGAGGGGCUGGUGCGACUGCAAACUGAGAUGCUGCGCGUGCAAGUGCUCGUCGCUGGCGACGAAACAGAGUCGCCUCCUCUUGACAUGCAGACCCACCUCGCCACUGGCGCUUCCACUCUCACUGAUCACGUCUCGCGUGCGCUGCAGCGGCGGCAGCAGAAGAUGCGUUCUGAGUACAGCCGUAUGCGCGAAUCAUACGAGGAGAUGGUUCGCGAGCUUGACCGACAGCGACGUCGCCGGCGCAGGCCUGCGCAACCUUCGCGCACUGCAUCAGUGACCUCGUCGUCCUCGACGAACUCUUCAUCCGCUCGGGGCGCCAAACUUUCAGAGCGACAUGGCAAGGGAGGGGAUGGGGGGCCGUCGGCUGCCCCGGGCGCCUCCGUACCGCCAGCACUUCCCGACUCCAAAACGGCGCACCUCCUGCAGGAGUCAGAGGUGUGGCGUCAACGAUGCGUGCAACUGGAACAGCAACUGCUCACCGUACUGCGUGAGCGCGACCGUCUCAAGAAGGAGCUGCAGCUGGCCAAGCAGGACGUGGUGGCACUCGGCGCCGAGAAGGCUUCUCUGGUGGACCUUAACUCGCUCCUGAAGGCGCAGCUGCGGGAGGCAUAUCGGCUGCGUCUCGGCGACACCAACACUCGUCUGGUUCGAGGACCCACCACGACCACUCCCGCCGCCAGUGCCCCUGACGUACGCAUCUCCCCUCAGCUGUUGGCCGCAGCUCUCCAGGCGUUGGAGGAGGGCACUGCUGCCGGUGACGACACAGAAAGCAGGCCUCGCGUGUGCAGUGCGGCGAGUGCAGAGGCAACCUUGACGCAGCACCGCUCACGCGCCGAGGAGGCUUCGGGGAUGAAGGGGCCGCCUGUUGUACACUCCACCCGUGGCUAUGCCGGGGCAUCGUCCCCCUCCAUCGCUUCGCGAUCCAUCUCAGCGCAGCAGGCGCAGGAACGGUUGACCACGCUAGAGCACGAGAUAGAGGUAGCUCGUGAGCAGCUCGCUACCGCCACUAGAAUGAGGCCGCAGUGCCCAGACGGUCAGGCGGUGAUUCGCCGUGGUAGCGCGGCUGUGCGGCACUAUGGUCUCAGUGACUGA